AGAUCUACAAAGUGCUGGUAUCUCAGUUCAGAAGAUCUACACAGUGCUGGUAUCUAAGUUCAGAAGAUCUACACAGUGCUGGUAUUUCAGUUCAGAAGAUCUACACAGUGCUGGUAUCACAUCCAUAACAUUUUUUUUAAAGUAUAUGGGCUUUAUAGCAGAGUCGAAAAAAAUAAAUGAAAGGAUAUGAGAAAAGGUUUGAAAAUGAGAACAAAAUGUAAUACUAUAACACAAUGUAAUUCUAUAUUUACUGAUUAUUUGUUUCUGAUAGACGCACGGUGGUGGUAGCAUAACAAUUAACAGUAUCUGGGAAAGUGGGGAAAGUUCAAGGGCAUGAUGGUCAGAGCCAAAUACAUCAAAAUACUAAAAGUAAACAUGUUAAAGUUUGCAAGAGACCUGAGAAAGGGGCAAGCAAAAGUUCACCUAAUAACAGAACAGUGAUACUGGAGUGGUUCCAAACCAAGAACAUGAACAUGUUAGAAUGGCCCAGCCAAAGCCCACACUUCAAUGCAAUUGAAAAUCUGGGCAAGAAUUAUGGGUUCACCAACCCAUACUGUCCAUCCCAUCUGGGAGAGUGUGUGCAAUUUUACCAAAAAGAGUGGACAAAAAUAUCAGGCAUUUAUAAUCUGGCAUUAUCUAGAUCAAUCUGUAGGUUUUUGGUAAUCUCAAAUAAAUAUAAAUGACCCAGCAUUACUGUAGUGUCUCAGUGUGGGCAACUGAAAAGCGCAAUAUCGCCAUCUGAUGGAUUUAUUCUGUCAUUAAUAUGUGUGAUGCAAUCAUAGGAUGCUUUGUAUCCUUUGAUGUGGAAAAUAAUAAGAGGCUGCACACACACAGACAUACACAAGACUGGUGGAGUGUCUCUCUCUCUCUCUCUCUCUCUCUCUCUCUCUCUCUCUCUCUCUCUCUCUCUCUCUCUCUCAAUAGCUCCACCAAUGAGAGCUCCAUAUCCAGAUCACAUGCUCCUGGUCCUCUCUUUUCCCGGCUGCAGGAAGCCAUGCUUAUCCUUUUCAUGUCUCCUCCUUCUCCUCCCUGCCUCAUCCUUUCUGCCUGUUCUUUCCCUGCCUUUCUCCCUCACAAUUCUAGGUGUUAGGCAGGUGCAUGAACAUGGACAGAGAAACAGAUGAAUGUAACAGCAGCAUGAAGAACAGAUCUGGAUCUGUGCAUUUUUGUGGUGAGUACAGACCUUAGCUAGUUUCCAGGAGAGACAGAAGGGUGUGAGAGCAAUUGAGCACAGGAAGAUGGAGGACACUCAGCCGACAGAGGAAAGGAGGGAGGACGGUUCCAGAGCUUUAGGAAUCAAUGCAUCCCUUUUCCCGGCAACCUUAAGCCCAGCUGUCCCUCCGUAUGUGAAACUAGGCUUGACAGUGGUCUACACAGCUUUCUACUCACUGCUCUUCGCCUUUGUCUAUGCCCAGCUGUGGCUGGUGUUGCGCUACCGGCACAAGCGUUUCAGCUACAAGACGGUGUUCCUCUUCCUGUGCCUGCUGUGGGCGGCACUGCGUGCUCUGCUCUUCUCCUUUUACUUCAGGGACUGUGUGACGGCCAAUGCACUUGGGCCCUUUGCCUUCUGGCUGCUCUACUGCUUCCCAGUGUGCCUGCAGUUUUUCACACUCAGUCUGAUGAACCUCUACUGUGCACAGGUUUUCUUUAAGGCCAAGUCGAAGUAUUCUCCUCAUCUGCUCAAGUAUAAGUUCCCUUUAUACCUGGUCUUUGUAGGUGCUAGUCUGCUCUUCCUGUUGGUGAAUCUGGCUUGUGCCCUGCUGGUUAAAAUGACGGAUGCGCAAAUUAAGACAAUCGUCUUGGUGCGUGUGACCAUUAACGACUCACUUUUCGUGCUCUGUGCCAUCUCACUCUCCGUCUGUCUCUAUAAGGUGGCCAAGAUGUCCCUUGCAAGUAUCUACCUAGAGUCCAAGGGGACUUCUGUGUGUCAGGUGACCCUGAUCGGCAUUAUGGUGAUUCUCUUGUACACUUCGCGUGCCUGCUACAAUCUUGUCGUUCUGGCUUUAACAGACAUCGAAAACAUCAAUUCCUUUGAUUAUGACUGGUACAACGUGUCCGACCAGGCAGACCUGAGGUCCAAUCUGGGUGAUGCUGGAUAUGUGGUGUUCGGGGUGAUUCUAUUCAUCUGGGAACUUCUUCCCACCUCCCUGGUGGUCUUCUUCUUCAGGGUUCGCAAGCCAGCGCAAGACAGGAGUACAUCUGCCAUCCCCAGUCAUGUCUUCUCCACCAAACGCUACUUUUUUGACAAUCCACGACGAUAUGACAGUGAUGAUGACCUGGCCUGGGGAUCUUAUCCUCAGAAUUCCUCGACAAGUUUGUCCUCAGACUGCUAUGACUGGGGCAGCCGAAGCAGCAGCUUCCUUAUAAAUCUGGGUGGAGAAAAUCAGCGAUCGUCACCAGGCCUAAACCAUUAAGUGAACAGCACCUUUGACGCACUGCACUUUUAACAUGUACAUCUACAUAUAUGGUCUUUACAGCUGACUAACACUUCCGACUCGCACGCCAGCCAGAAAGAGGCUUGCGCAAAGUGAGCUCUAAAGAAGGCAUGAGUUACCAUGGUGAUCACAGGGAAGUGAUGCAGGGGUUACUGUGGUAACCAUGUCCGACUGCAUUGUGUCCUCUCACGAUGUAACUAAUGUAAAAAGGUACACUAAUCAAGAUUUUGGCUUGUCACUUCUUCAGUCAAAAGGCCACAAACGUCACAAAUGUCAGUUGUAGUUGUUACUGUAGUACACACUUGUAACUAAACCUAGUAGUAAUCUGUAUACACCAUAAUCUUUCUUGCUCACACACACAGUGCAGUUUUAAAUAUCCUAUGGAAUAAAACAAAACCUUUUAAAAAAAAUCUUAAUUGGAGUACCUUUAACUCUGCUGAACACUAGUAGCUUCACAUAACAUAAGGUUUAAUCAUUCUCAUAAACAUGACUGAAAAUAACAACCGUAAAAUAAGCUAUUAUUUACAGCAUGAGUAUGUAAUUUGCUAUAUUUGUGUUGACAGACAAAAAGACAAGAAAUACUGGUCCUGUUCCAGCAUUUAUUCCUGUUUAAGGAAUAAACGUCUUUAUUUCUUCUGCAGUAUUUCAUGCCUUUUAUUCAUGCUCUUUGUGAAAAUAAGCUUUCGAUAGGUUUGUUGGUUAAAAGUAUUUUGUUUAGCACAAGAUUGUAAAGGUUCACCAAUAAAGAAAUAUUUUGAUGUUUGAA